UCAGCCUACACAUUCCUCUCCAUUUCUGUCUUGGUCUUUCAGUCUAGACAUCUUGAAUGACAUGCAUCAUGAACAUUUUAUGUCUUUGGAUAUUUGUUGGUGCUCUGGUGUCUUCUAAUGCUCUGGGCCGCUGGAGUGAAAGAUGUACAGAUGUCAGCAUCAAUGCCUCUCUGAAAUCUCAAGUCUUUGUUCCGUGUCACUUUAAUACAAGCUUGAACAAUGAAACAGUGAUAUGGAGUCACAAUGACGACACUCUUGUAAAGAUCAUAGCUGAUGGCAGAAUCUACUUUGAUAAUCCUAGAGAAGGACAAGUGACUGCUUUUCCACUUUUAGUUGAGGAAGGAAACUUCUCCAUCCUCAUCCAUGAUCUGGAUUCUUCAGAGGUUGGUGUGUACUUUUGUGUGUGGAACAGUGAAUGCUGGAGAGUGAGGAUCACAGAAAUACAGAAUCAUUCAUCGCAGGAAAUGUAUUAUUUAAGUCCCUGGUUCUACUUUGCUGCUGGAGCUGGGUUGUUUAUCAUGCUUUUCAUUGUAUUCAGCAUGAUUUCAAAACUAUUUGGAAAGGAUAAAUCAUCCGAGUCUAACUCUGUUAAUGUAAUACAUAGUGAAGGUGAGCAUUAUGUAAUAUACCCGAUCUUCAACAGUGUGCUUCUGUAUGGGGUUUCUUCAUUUUCAUGA